AUGGCGUCGCCUUCGUCAGGAAGCUUUCAGGAGCAGCGCCGGUGGCUAGUGGUGGGUAUUGCUCUUCACCAUGUCCUUACUCCAUGCCUCAGAGAUAAGAUCAAAGGUGAAUUGACUCCAUUCUACCAGCAUCUGGUACGACACUGCGGUCUGGAUAAACAAACGUACCCAUCUUUCAUGAAGAAUAUUCCACCGUCCACGGUGAACUUGAACUAUGAAAGUAUCAACAAUAACCACACUGCCACGCACCGUAGCCACUACGACUACUGUGUAAGGGAUGAGGUGUCUUUGGCCAAGCUGUUUAUGAAACCUUUCAUGGCGACGUUCAAUGCGUUUGACAGUUCCUUUGACUCUUCAGCAGCCCUAACAGUUCUUAAUCAAGCUCCUCCAUUCACGUCGGUCAAACCGUUCGCUGAGGAUGUUAGGUCAAACGUUCGUAAUGAAUGGGCCCAUUGUGAUUUCACAGCUUGGACGCAGGGACAUUAUGACACAUGCUUUGAUCAUAUGGAGGCCUUACUUAAAAGCCUAAGUUUACCUCUCGUCGACGAAGCAAAAGCUUUGGAUACACUGAAACUGUGGAGAAAACAAGGUAAAGUGAUUAUAUUGGCAAGCGACUUCACUGUCAGUUUUGUUGCUAAUAAUUUAUUUAAGCAAUAGACCACACUUUCUAUGGGUUUUUACCGGUGUGAUAACCCACUUGGGAUGUUGGAAGAACACUCGAAAAGCUUGUAAAUCACGAGCUGAAGUGUUCUCCCAACAUCCCAAAUGGGUUAUCACGCCGGUAAACCCACAGAAGUGUGGUCUAUUGCUUUCAUAAAAAAACUUAAAGUUUUCUAUGAGUUUACCGGCACAAUAAACCAUAGGUUUUUAACCAAUCAGAACGCACGUACUAUCUUAGUUAUUUUAUAACAUGAUAGUAAUAGGCAAAAUCCAACAAACCUUCAUCCUACCUGUACGUCGUUCGAAACAGUUCUAACGUCAUAAGGCUUGUAUAUGUUUAAAAAAAUAAUGAUACCAUUCUCACUCAACUCAAUUGGAGCACUUUAGUUACUAUAAUAUAAAAAGCAAAUCAUGUAAAUCCAUGUUAAUCCAUAGUUCACCACUCCAUUGAUUUGUACAUCAAUAUGGCCCCCCGUGACGGCAUGUGACGGCUUCUGAGGAGGGGAGGGGGCGGUAAGCAAUCAAAUUCAUGAUGGUACUGACUUGAAAGUCAUAGUUACUUUCACAGUUACAUACUCUUCGCCAAUUAUUUUUACUCGCGUCUGAAUCAGUUCUUCUUUUAAAAGAAAAAUAAUAACCCCUAAUCAGCUGUCAUUGCUUGAAGGGAAGAUCCCGGGGGGGCGGGGGGGGGGGCAGUAUUGAAUAGCUCUUUCAAAAUGGACGGAGGUUAUUUUAACUUGUUGUUCGUUUAUAGCGUCACGUUCUACUAUAUGCCUAAUUCAAUAACAGUUGCGGCUUUGGCAAUUGGUCAGUGAUAAUUGGGUAGUGGGCACUUAUGUAUAUACGGAACUCGCUGCAAUAAUUUGCUUGAGUGACACCAAACAAUAGCAUUACAGUGCGCAAUUACAGUGCCCAAAGCAACCUUCACUGAAUCAGCUAUAUAAUAUAAUAUGGUUGCUAAAUACGACGCUACAACUCAUUUAGUAGGUAUAAAUACUGGACAUUUAGACAUGACUCGCUCUUAGUUCAGUCUUCGUAGACAAACGUGCUAAGCGAUGAUGGAACACUCAAGAGGUUUAUGGCCUGGGUGAAAGAUGUGUUCGGAGAAUGAUUAAUUGACAACAUUUCUCGCUAGGAAUUCCUGGAACAGAUGAAUUUCCCCCAAAAGUAAAUCUUGGGGUCCUCUUGUGCCUUAACUUUUAAUUAUAGUCACGUGACUUGUGACAUGACGCGGCGUGACCAAAACUUUACAAUGAAGGAAAUUUGCGAAUUAUUGGCACAUUUACUUAGUUUGGAUAAAUAAAUCGGCGUUUCUGAUAGAGAUAAACAUCAUUUACUUUCUAAGUUUGGCAAGAAUAUACUCGAAGUUUGAAAUUAAAGUUUUGAAUUAUUCAAGAUUAAGUUUGGCCUUUUAAAAUGAUGUCUGUCCUCAUAAUUUUUUUUUAUUGAAGUGCAAUGGACAGUCAUUCCAAAAGUGAAGUGUUAGAAAUAUUUAAUAUGACUAAGAAAAAUUUUAUCGCUUGAUUUCUUUUCUUAAAGCCGUCACCAAUUUGACAGUUCUUGAAGAUUUUUAGUAAAAUAGUCAGGUGACCUAUCACGUGACUUAACAGCACAAUAUUUAUACUUUAAAAUGUUAAGAACGAUGAGUUCUUUAUUUGUGCCAAAUUUCACAUUAGCUCCAUCCUGUUUCGAAGUUAUAGCCAAUAAAGCUUAAUUACCAUAGGUAAACUCAAAAUUGGCGCGGAAGAGGUUUUAAGAUUCCAACCUGAUUGUCGCUGUUAAUUCCUGGUAAACUAUGCAUUGCACUUCUUAACUCGCACAUUCCACGACUGGUUGACUUUGUAUAUAUUUCUGCAGUAUUAGUGGCCCCUUUUUUCUAUGACAUGUCCUCAUCUUUAACAGCAGUGAUACCUCGUACUGAUUUUUCUUUUGUAAUUAUAUAUUGACCAAAACGAUUCUCUGUUAGUAAAUUAAAACUGCAGCUUUUGGCCUCGUUCUCUUCAUCCGCAAGAACAACGUUUCCGAAUACUGAAAUUUCUAAAGACUCAGUUGAAAUACCUUAAGCGGUUCCUUUCGUUAAAGGUUGUACGGAGCCAGGCUUUUCCAUGAGAAAAAAAUGGAAACAAACAAAUAACUUUUCAUCUGAAGUUUAUGUUUACUGAGGAAAAUACCUCUUUCUACGCUCUAUACAUGCACUAUCAAGCUUGUUUACAGAGGUUCCGUCGUCAGGCACUUAGAAUCGCGAUUUUGUUUUCGCGUUUCAUAUUUUUGUGUCUAAGAUUGCUCUUGUUUCGUUUUUAAGUAACUGUUAAAUCACCUGCAAUGUUUUUCUACAGGGCAAGACAUAUGUCUUGGAAAGCCCCUUGACGACACUCUUCUUCAACUCGUACGGAAGGAAGUUCAACAACUAUCUGACUCGUUUGAUAAUCUGAAGGACGAAAACAGGCGCAUAUACGAUAUUCUUAGCCUUUUUAAAUCUGAGUUAGAUAAGGCCAUUGCCACUCUUCAAGAAAAGCAAGCUGAGUUAGAAGAAACUUGCAAAGAACUUAGGCAACAUAAAGAAAUGUUCACAGAGAAAAUGAGUGCCAAGGAUAAGGAACUGGAGAUGUGCCGGGAAAGUACGCAAGAAGUGCACCACCUCUGCAAACGUUUAGAAAUGAAAACGAGUUCUAUGCAGCAAGAUUUUGAUUUCUUAAAAACAGCGGUAAAAAGCUUACCACAUUCAGAAGAUUUCAGUGAUAUUGUAUUUGACGCCCCAGAGCAAACCAAGUGGUUUACGAAAAGAGAAAAAGAAAUUGAAAAUAUUGAAAACUGCCUUCCACUGAACGAACGCAAAGAAUUAAAGAUGGCAGCCAUUUGUGGUCUCGGGGGAUGUGGAAAGAGCACUCUAUCAUCUUACUUCGCUUGGAAACGUAAGCAAGAAUACGAAGGGGGCGUGUUUUGGUUCUCCAUGGAGGACGACAGAAAGUUUGAAAGCUCUGUAAGUGACCUCGCUCUGCGUUUAGGCAUUGAGGCAAAUUCAUUUGAUUUCACCCUGUCCAAACUUCUUUUGUGGAUCUCCAAGCAGGAAAAACCUUGGUUGAUGGUUCUUGAUGAUGUCGACCAACUAAAAUUCUCUGAACAAAUGCACAUGAUUCUGUCUGGUCGGUGGAAAAGACGAGCACAUGGCCACAUCCUACUUACCACAAGACGUGAAUCAAAGGAAGUGUGUAGUUCGGUGGAUCUUGAGCCAUCUUGCUGUCUUGAGGUUUUAUCCUUUUCAGAAGAAGAAGCCAAGAGGUUUCUUCGUGUCCGAUGUGGUGCCACCACUACAGGAAAAGAGGUGGAGUUAGAUGAGCUGGUGUGCGAACUUGGUUGUCUUCCUCUUGCAUUAGAACAAGCUGGUGCACACAUCAAAGCCCUUCAGUGUUCAAUCGCGGACGAUCUUGAAUCAUACAAAAUUCAGCGAGUGCAGUUAUUAAGUGAGCAUCCGCGUGCAAAACCAUUAUGGGAGUAUGAGUCACAAAACCGACUUGCAGUGCACACUACGUGGCUUUUAAACUUUGAGUACGUUAAAAAAUCACCGCAAGGCGAAUUAGCAUCUAAAUUUUUAGAAGCCUCAGCAUUUUUUGCACCAAAUGAAAUUCAGGAAGAACUUAUCAAUUGUGAACUGCUUUCUACUGAUAAAAAUUCUAAAAUUCUAUUGAUGAAAAACCAGAUCGUAGAGGUUUUGACCAAGUUUUCACUCUUCCAGAGGAAAAGCAACAGAACUCUUGCUUUGCACCGGCUGGUUCAGGAAGUAAUUCGCAACAAAAUGACCUUUCAAGAAACGGCCACCUCGAUGCGUACAGCCGUCAAACUUCUUCAUCAGGCUUUUCGAGAUUGUCCAUCGCCAGAUGAAGUCCUUGUUUGCGUCUCAUCAAGUGACCAAGAGCAACCGUCUGCUUUCUUAACAAACCAAUCUCGGUUCUAUUUGUGGUCCAAACUAACAACACAUGCUUCCGAGUUACAUCAGCAUCUAAAAGCAUUGCUGUACGAGGAAAACAUUGGUAGAGAAAUCAAAACAGUGGCGUUAACUAGUGAGACGUCUCGUGUUGUUUACGAAAAUGCCAUCCAACUUAGUGUGCAUGCACAUCAAGCAGAGGCCAUGGAAGCCGAAAGAUUAGCAUUUCGUAUUUUUGAUUCUUGUCCAAGUGCUGACGGGCGCAUUUCUAAGGAGGAUGUAACUAAACUAUUUCCUCACGUUUUACCUCUCUUUCAAGUGAUUCAAAAAACGGUGUUGUAUUCAUCUCGACGACCAGUGGAGUGUCCCAGGCUUUCAGGACAUGUCACCGAACACAGCCAUUUUGCUGAUGAACCACUUCCUUUCCGAGGAAAUACUCUUUACAAAGAAGGAUGCUAUAAAGAGGCCGUUGAAGUUUACUCAGAAGCCCUCGAAGCAUAUGAUGAAGGGAAGCAACCGGACCCUCGUUUGCUUAAUAAUCGAGCAACUGCGUAUCUCAAACUGGGAAAUUUUCAACAGUGUCUACAAGAUUCCGAGGAGUACAUUAAGAUUUUUCCCACUUGCUGGAAAGGAUACACGAGGAAAGCCUUAGCUCUCAAUGGACUUGGAUUGCGUUUUCCUGCCUUGUGUUUGGAGCCAUUGCCUACUACCGCGAUGAAAACAGUUGUCGUCGUUUCGAGCCAUUUGUUAACGUGUUUAAGGACCUAG